AUGUCAACGGACAUUAAAGACUCAUCACCAGGGGGUGAUGCAGAGUCUCAACUAUUGAAACCGCAGUCAGCAUCAGAGUCCUCCACCGAACUCGCCGCUGCCGUUGACGACCUCCUCGACCAACUACAGCACAAAUUCGAUGGAGUCUCCAGUGAAAUCUUUGGCAAGCCAAUAUUAGUUGACGAUAUGUCUCGGCGAUUAGAUGAGCUUGAGGCUUCGCUGAGUACUGCGCAGGAAGAAGCCGGCGUUACGAAGAGUUGA